AACGGCAGCAUUAACACCAAAAGUUUCACCGCAACGCAACUGUCACCUCUCUCUUGCGGACCAAAACGCAGACACGUUCUCCCUUCUCUCUCUCUCUCUCUCGCUCACUUUCACAUGCACACACACACACACACUCCUCAAAUUCACUUCCACAACCCUAAACCCUAUAAACCCAAUCUCAGUGCUCUGAAAAUUCAACCCAACACCAACAUUCACAACAUGAGGAUUCCGACCAUUCGCCGCUUCACAACUCCCUCUCUCACUUCCCACCAUCCCAAAUCCUACGUCUCCGACUGCAGAGCCGUCCUCGUCCCCCACUUCGGCGGCCCGCACGUGCUCCAGCUUCACUCCCACGUGCCACUCCCCCCUCUCAGGCCGCACGAAGUCCUCGUUCGCGCCCGCGCCGUCGCCAUCAAUCCCUUGGACACUCGUAUGCGCGCCGGUUAUGGCCGUUGCCUUUUCGAGCGGCUGCUGCCUCUCAUUUUGGGGCGCGACGUCAGCGGCGAGGUUGCGGCGGUUGGAGCUGCCGUCAAGUCGUUGAGUGUGGGAGAGCAGGUCUUUGGAGCUCUGCAUCCGACUGCGGUGAGAGGCACUUACACGGACUAUGCGAUUCUCUCGGAAGAGGAGGUUAUUUCGAAACCGGAUUCGCUUGAUCAUGUGGAAGCCAGUGCCAUACCUUUUGCUGCAUUGACAGCUUGGCGUGCUCUAAAAAGUACAGCUAGAAUAAGUGAGGGACAAAGGAUAUUAGUAGUGGGAGGUGGAGGAGCAGUAGGAUUUGCUGCAAUUCAGCUUGCUGUUGCUGCUGGUUGCUCUGUUGUAACUACUUGUGGAAGUCAAAGCGUAAGCAGAUUGUUAGCAGUUGGUGCAGAGCAGGCUGUUGAUUAUGUGGCUGAGGAUGUUGAAUUGGCUAUAAAGGGGACGUUUGAUGCUGUUUUGGACACAAUUGGCGUUCCAGAGACAGAACGGAUGGGCAUUAAUUUUCUGAAACGAGGUGGACACUACAUGACUCUUCAGGGUGAGGCAGCGUCAUUGUCUGAUAGAUAUGGAUUGCUUUUUGGGAUUCCAGCAUCUACAGCUGUUUUAUUGAGAAAACAGCUUCUAUACAAAAUCUCUCAUGGAAUAGAAUACUCAUGGACAUACAUGAGGGCUGACAAAGAGGGUUUAAUUGAGAUUCGAAAGCUAUGUGAAGCUGGGAAGAUGAAGAUACCCGUGUGUAAAACGUUUCCCAUAAGACAAGUGAGAGACGCUCAUGAGGUAAAAGAAAGGAAGAUCGUUCCAGGUAAAGUAGUACUGGAACUUGAUUGACGUCCUCAAUCUCAUCACGGAGUUGCUUAAACUAGUUUCUUUUUUUGUUCAUUUUUGGGUUCUCUUUUCAGUGGAGUUCCACAUUUACUUGAGAAAUUGGUAGUGCUUCUUCUGGGUUUUCACUGUAUGAUAGAAAUUAGAAAGUGGAACUUUUUGUAAAGAGUGAAGAUACAGCCGAAAGAUUUUAAAAAUUAAUAUUUGUUAAUAAA